UCGCUGGCAGUUUAAAUGGCGAGGGGGAGCCUCCGAGAGGUGACAGUGUCCUGCCAGAGGAGAAGCGAGGGCGCAGCAGCGAUGGAGUCUCUCUCUGCCUUGCUCUCCGCCGUGCUGCUCUGUGCCGCCAGCGCCGGGAUCCCUCACGAUGGGAUUCACUGGACCUACACAGAGGGAGCUCUGGACCAGAUGCACUGGCCCACCAAGUACCCGGCGUGCGGCGGGAAGAAGCAGUCCCCCAUAGACAUCCAGCGGCGCAACGUCAGGCACAACCCGGACAUGCUGCAGCUGGACCUGAGCGGGUACGACGGCCAGAGCGGGACGUUCCUCAUGUCCAACAACGGCCACUCGGUUCAAAUCGACCUGCCUCCCACGAUGAUCAUCACCAAGGGCCUCCCCGGGAAAUACACGGCUGUCCAGAUGCACCUGCACUGGGGCGGCUGGGACCUGGAGGCCAGCGGGUCAGAGCACACCGUCGACGGCAUCCGUUACAUGGCGGAGCUCCACGUCGUCCAUUACAAUUCUGACAAGUACAAGAGCUUCACUGAGGCCAGAGACAAGCCAGACGGGCUGGCGGUGCUCGCCUUCUUCUAUGAUGACGGGCAUUUCGAGAACACUUACUACAGUGAUUUUAUCUCCAACCUGGAAAAAAUCAAGUAUGCAGGUCAGUCCAUGAACAUAUCGAGCAUCAAUGUGCGCUCCAUGCUCCCCGAGAACCUCAACCAUUUCUUCAGAUACCAGGGCUCCCUCACCACUCCUCCCUGCUACGAGAGCAUCCUCUGGACGGUGUUUGACACGCCCAUCACUCUCUCCCAUAACCAGAUCAGGAAACUGGAGAGUACUCUGAUGGACAUGGACAACAAGACUCUGUGGAAUGACUAUCGCAUAGCCCAGCCUCUCAACGACCGAGUGGUAGAGGCGUCUUUCUUCCCUCGCCUGGGGAAAGGAACAUUUUGCCGGCAAGAUGAAAUUGAAUCCAGGCUCCUGAAGAUCGAGGGCCUGAUAACUUCGAUUGGAAAGCACAUGCACUCAAGUGGACAACGCAACUCAAGGCCGUCUAAAUUUGAACAUCGCGCGUUGUUUCCGCUGGUGCUCCACUUCCAGGAGAAAAAUUCCGGCAGCUAUGCUUUGGCUCGCCUCAACCAUCCCAUGGAGCUCGACUCCUUCACCGUCUGCAUGCACGUCCUGCCCCAGGCAGAGGGCAUCCACACUGUCAUCUCCUACUCCAGCAACGGCAACGAUAACGAGCUGAUGAUCUCCAUCGGAGAGGAAGGAGAUGGGCGGGAAGUGGGUCUCUGGAUUGGCAACGAGUUUGUCAACCUGCCGCACAACUUCAAGUCCCACGACUGGGCCAACUACUGCAUCACCUGGUCGUCCCACACCGGCGGCGCGGACCUGUGGAUCAACGGCAUGGUGGGGGAGCAGAGGUACCUGAAGAGCGGUUACACAACCAGCCCUGGGGGCGUGUUCAUCCUGGGCAAAGACCAGGAUGGACUGCUGGGCAUCUCUAACGCGGACGCCUUCGUGGGCAAGAUGACUGAUGUCAACGUGUGGGACUACGUCCUGACCACAGCAGACAUCCGGGACCAGAUGCUCUGCGAGAGGAACAGCACUGUGGUGGGAAACGUGUUCAGCUGGGGGACCACCGGACUCAGUCUGUACGGGGGGGUGCAGCUCGACAGUCAGUACAGAUGUAACUGACGAGGCUCGGCUGCUUGUGUUUGUGUUUGUACAUGUAUGAUGUUGCAUUAAACCAAAAUAUCACUGCUGAUGUUGGGGAUUUUUCAUAGCCGUUGCAUAUGUGAUGAUGAAUAAAUGUCUUUCGGACCCCUGUAAGUCAAUAUUUAAUGCAAACUAUAUUUCAUAGCUUCCGCCGUGUAUUGUAUUCACAUCUUUGCGUCAUCAAUAAAGGCUUACAAGGGA